AUGUCUGUGCUGAAGCUCUCUACCCGAGAUCUGGAUAAACUUUCCCCCAGCGACCUUGUAGGGAUAACGGAGUUGGUUAAGCUUAGAGGCAAAUCGCAUCCCUUGGAUGUCGCAGCCGUGGAUGUCAAACUUAAAAAUAUCCUAGCGAAACCCGAUAACCAGCGCGCUCGGAGCUCUUGUUCAAGCGGCACCUCCACUCGAACGCGGAGUUCCCCAGGGUCUCCCGACCCAGAAUGGGAAGCGUUGCAGCUCAAACAUACUCGGGAAAAUGAGGAAGAUUACCAUGAUUUGAUACGACUGGGUGGAAGACCAGCAUUUCCAGUGGAGAUGUGGCGUACUCCCAAAGAUGUCCAUGGAAAGUAUGGCCCCAUUGUGGACUACUGGAAUACAGGGUAUUGGGGGCAAAGACUUGAAUGGAUUUCAUUCCUAAAAUUCCAGCAGCGAAGACGCAGGAGUGUUGAGAUUUUCAAACAGUAUCAACAAGAGGUGCAUCGCCAUCGGCAACAAGAAGGCAUCGAUGGUGAUAUACAACUUCUCUUUGAUGCGAAACAGCAAAGCAAGAUGGAUGUAUGGAAGGAAUACCACUACUUUCAGCACCGGAAUGUGCCCAAAAUGAGAAUUAUGGCAGAAGAAGGACGACAAAAGAGGGAGCAUAUGAGGUUGGAGUGGGAGGCUGAGCAUGGAAAAGGUGCAACCUUGGAUCCUAAUGAACCAUUCAAUCCAGCCCUCGCCUGGCUACUUCGAUCUGCGAGUGAAAGAAAUUUAGACAAGUUCAUGAUUUUACUGAACUGGAUUGAACAAGAGCUUCCAAAGAUCGCCCAGGAGAUGGUUAUGUCCAAUAGCGAUCUGAGUCCAAUUCAAAUACUUGAAAAUGAAUCAGAGCAGGAAGCUGUGUCUACCAAUCUCAACAUCCACAAAAACCUGAAUAGCAAUUGCAGGUCUACUAACGUGGGCGGAAAGGCUGCGACAAACACAGUUCUCAAAGCGGAUCGCUCGUCGAAGAUUACCAAAACUAGAAAAAGCUCAAGAGCAUCCAUACACGACCGAACAGGCCGCUAUGAUACGACCCAUUUGGCAAAACCACACGGCAAGGGGGCCACCGCACCAACGAAUCUGCCCAUUUCACCUGUUGCAACCUUGCGCAGGAGCCAGCGCAUCACGGACUUGACAGCCAAAAAGAACCAGCAAGCGGAGCCCAUGCAGCAAAUGCCGCCACAAAGAAUAUCGAAACGUGUAUCCCAAAAUGGGCAUAUAGAUAGCAAAUCAAAACGUCGGACACAGUCUCUCCAAACUAAACCCCAAGGAAAUUACAAAAUCUCGAGCAAUGAGGAAGAAGCCCCGUUAGAACAACUAUGGUGCUAG